CCAGAAUCUUCUGAUAAGUUUCUCUUGAGAUUGAUCUUUUCAUCUUCUUUUUCUGUUUGUCGGACAGACUGAUCAUCCAAAGGACUUAAUUUAAUUAAGGGAAGCACGCUUAUAUGAUAUAACGGGAAAUUCUAAUGGACAUCUUCAGUUGGGUUCCAGCAUUAUUGGAAAAGCUAUGGCCGUGGUUGAUGGAUCUUUGGGAAGCAUGGAGCAUUCAACUCCUCGUACUUGCAGGCCUCAUCUUCCAAGCCGCCCUCACAAUUUUUGGCUCGCGCCGAAGACUCAUGACAGGUUACAAGAUCCGUUUCAUUGUAUGGGCCUCCUAUUUGCUUUCAAGCUAUGUGGCAACGCUUGCCCUUGGAAAGCUCAUUGUCAUCAGGAUCAAUGACCCGAAAAAGCCCGAUUAUGACACCGAGCUAAAGGCUUUGUUGGCCCCUUUGGUUCUUAUUCUACUAGGAAAUCCUGAUACUAUCACCGCCUACUCAGUGGAGGACAAUCGGCUCGGUCUGAGACAGGUAUUGAACUUGAUCUUGACCGUUGGUUUUGUACUUUGGAUUCUAAUUCGUUGUCGGGACACAUCCAAGGCUGCUGUCUUGUACUUUCCCAUGUUUGUUGCUGGGAUUAUAAAGUACGGAGAGACAGUGUGGGCUCUCAAGUCUGUGUACGAUGAGAACAUGAGCAUCACACAAGAAGAGAUCGAAGAGGAGCAAGAGAUCCCUAAAUGGUUCGUAGGUUUGCCAGACAUCACCUGCCGGUUGGAAGAUUUGCCUAAAGACAUCGACAUCCUCUGGCCGGUUAUCUUUCUGAAGGCCUAUUACCGGUUUGACUGCCUGAAGCCUCACCUGGUUAGCUGGCUCUAUCACCCUUUAUUUGCACGGCAGGUUUGGAUGUCCCUACACAAGCAUCCUCGUAUCGCAUUCCUAACUACCGAUAUCGAGCUAGGAUUUAUGUACGAUGUUCUCUACACGAAGGCUCCAGUCCUCUACACGAAGUUCGGGAUUGCUCUUCGUCUUAUCAGCUACUUUAGCUUGCUCAUGACCCUAAGUGGGUUCUCGGUGAUCUUUGGGAAUUCUUUCUUGCUCGACCUUUAUGUGGCUUAUACGUAUGCGUUGUUCAUCGGGGUUGGGAUUAUGGAGACCUAUCAAAUCUUGCGUCUACCGUUUUCAGAUUGGGCAAUAAUAAAGAUGAUCAAGCACCAUAAGUGGCCAAUCGUUUCAAGUGUCUUGCCAUUUAUUUUGAAUAGGUCGGUGAGAAAGAAAAGAUGGUCGGACCGAAUGGGACAGUUGAAUUUGCUAGACUAUUGCCUCCGCGACAAGUGGCCAAAGGCAAUAAUCAAAAUUCCGGAAGUGUUUGGCAAGGAAGAGGAGUUCAAGAUCUAUUGGGAGUCGAAAAGCAGAAGAAUCCCUUGGUACUUGAAGGAGGUUCUGCUGAGGGACAUGAAGAGAUUGGAUGAAAAGAGAAAGUUUUCACCCUUCAAUAAAAGAGGCGAGUGGACGAUCGCCCUUGAAGGUCUUGAACGAUUGCAUCAAGUGGUACAGAGUGUCAAGAUAAUGUCCUUCGACAAGAGCAUCAUCAUAUGGCACAUCGCCACUGAUAUUUGCUACAACACCCACCAUGAAGAUGAAAAUGAAGAUUGUUGGGCGAGCAAGUUAUUCUCUGAUUACAUGAUGUUUCUAUUAGCUCGAUGCCCCUACAUCCUCUCUCUCACCACGACGAACAUAACCUUCCAAUAUGCCUGCUCGGAACUAGAAGCGAACUUAAAAGGCGAUGGGUUUCCUAAGAGGGAAAGGGCCCUGGAGGUCUUAAUGAAACCCUCUGAUCGCAUCCAAAGGGAAAAUAGUACUGAGAAGAAAAAGUCCUCCAAGAAGAAUUUUAUUACGAAGGAUUGGGAUGUUCUAGGGGAAGCUAAAAAGCUAGCAGAAGAGUUAGGGGGUCUGCACAAUAAUAAAUGGAGGGUGAUAAGCUGUGUUUGGGUGGAGAUGAUCUGUUACGCAGCCUAUAACUGUCAGGUUUAUCAGCACGCUAAGCUGCUCCGUCGGGGCGGAGACAUUAUUACUCAUGUUUGGCUCAUGAUCGCCCACAAGACUGACAAGUUCAACACCUCCAUCCCCAAGGGAACAAACCAACAUGGAGAAGAAAACACAACUUAAAUGUUAUUUUUCUUUUCUUUCGUUGCGACUUCUGAUUUCAUUUUCCGGUGCUGUCAUCUGUAAUAAGGGAGUUGAUGAGUGUGAGAGUUGUUCUUCCUGAUGGCUCAUGCUUUGAUGUAAUAAGUUGAUGUUGUUUCUCGAUUGCAACUCACGGCUUUAAUUCGUGAACUUCUUUGGGACUAUGAGAAGAAAGAAGAUUCCUAUAUUAAUUAACAUGCGCAACCAGCAGGGGACUUCAAUACUUCACAAGCAAUUGUUCUUCCUCCCUCCACAGUGACGAUGUCGAUGAGCAUUUGACGGAAUCAAAUCCGGAAACCACCAAAACCAUCUCGACACUUUUGGAAUCCCCUUGACUCUCACUGUUAUAACCUCCGCGAGAGCUCUUAGACCGCAGAAACAUCUCGAUCUCCAUGUAUGGCACCAUAG